AAGACUAUCGUCAGACCAUGCAGGUACCUACCUCUCCUGCCAUUAUUCCCACCUGUUCCCCGGCCUUGAGGAGGAUGGACUCCCUCGAGCAAGCCCGGAACCAUUUUCUCGGCCAUGCAUGAGAUUAUUACUUCUGCUCCUCGACUCGGGCGCCACGAACACCUCCAGGGCCGCACUGCAUCUUCUAAAUAUUCUCUGCUAAACUUUCUCCUGCACGCACGGGAAACUGCAGACUGGCCAUGCCCAUACCGAACAUUAUCGAAUGCCCCUCCCGACAUCAACCUCAGGUUUCCCUUUGUGGAUUGCCCGCCGGUGAACACCGAAAACCCUGUUCAAUGCUGUCAAGCCGCCCGCCUCGCUGCAUGCUCCUGCAUUUGUGCUGCCAGUUCGGUGACACACAUCACACCCUCGAUCCAACAACUACCAACGCUACAGCGCUUGCAUCUUUCGACCUCCUCUCGCCAAGUGGGGCUCAGGCGUCGUGCAACCCCCAACACCUCACAGCGAACUUCUCGGUGUUGGAAGGUGCUCGGCGAAGCAACAUCAACCACUGCCCUAGGCGGAAGGUGCCACCGCCGCAGUACCUGCAGCCCAAUAUCUAUGGUACUCUUGGCGUCCCUGGGAUUGUCCCCACAGCGACUCCUUUUUUGAACCGUACAAGCCUCUUACUUGCUGAUCGGUGAGAGUUUCAUCGUCCAUAUUCUGUGUCUUCGACUGCCCUCAGCCCAGUCUGUUGGCUGCUGUUACCCUGAUGUCCGCCUGCUCGCUGCUCAGGCGACCUUUGCACAUCCACGAACCCAACCUACGCUACCAUACCGAACAGAGACAUCCCACUCCUCGAUACAAGCCUCAGAGAA